AUGAACAAACACUCUUAUAUAGAUAACAGAAACUACCAGUCUAAAGUUAGAGCAUUUUGUAUUGCACUACUAAACCGUCAUUGUGAUAUUAAUUUAAAGAAAAGAAGUUGUCGUAAAUUACUUACUAUUCCCUUUCUUCAAAUACAAAGAUUGUAUUUUAGCGAUGAUAAUGUUAUUGACUUACAAGCACUAAUUAAAAGAAGAGUAUAUAGCUUAGAAGAAAAAGAUAUUAAAAAUAAUAUUAAUACACAAAGAGCAUUCCACAGAAAGAAAAAGAACGGUUACAGAGAAUCUAUCAAUAUUAUUAAUGACUUACUUUCUGAAUUUGGGUAUUGUAUUCAUUCAUCACAAACACCAGGAAGAUACAAUACAGUUAAAAUGGAUAUUGUUAAGUCAAUAACAUUUAAUGGAACAAUUUACGAUAAAAUUGCGAUAGAAAGAAUUGGAGAAGAAAUGUGUAAAGAAAUAGAAAAGAAAUUCGGAAACGAAAGAACUUUUGUUCUAAAACAAAACGACAACACACUAUCUAUGUUAUUAAAGAAUGGAUAA